ACAUGGAUCGGUCUGCUAUGAGAGCCCCAGCAUCAGAGAGUGGAGUGGAAACAGGAAGAGGAGGAGAGGGGAAGAAAGGAGACAGAGGAGAGGAUCGGGUGAGACAAGGUGGCGAGGACUGAAAGGGAGGAAAAGGGGAGCAGAGGGGUGUGAGGACCAAAGAGAGAGAAGACAAAAAAAGAGCUUGCAGAGGAUGAGCCUGUCUAUUUAAAGGCAUCUGAGACUGCACGGGUCUGCUGUCUUUCUAUUCCUGACCGACUGCAUCAUCAAAUUUGGACCAGAAAGUCUGUCUCCCCCCUUUUUUCCUCAGUCCUCAUUGCAAGACUGCUUUUUGCUCUCAGGUGUGAAGAGGAGGGCCUCCCAAACACAGACCAAGACUGGCUGCAUGUAUCACCAAGCAGAGCUCUAUUCUGGCCGUAACACAUGGGACUCCUAUCCAGCUGGGGGACCUAACAGAGGACAAUGGGCUCCUGUCAACAGUCGCCCCUGGAGCCACACAGAAAGAUGCCAAGGAGGGCGCAAUCAAUCACACCAUUCACUAUCAAACCGUCUUUACAAUAGGGGGGACAGAGCAGUCAACCACGUCCAGGACAAGGGUAUCUCAAAGGGGCACCGACAGCUGCUACGAAUUGGUUACGGUAAAGAGCAGCCAUUUGAGGCCCAGAACUGGCACCACAACUCCACACGCUCAUUCCACAAUCGAGCCGGCGGCAACAAUGGUUAUCUAACGGGACCCGGAGAACGCUACUGGGACAACAAUGUCAACAACUCUGAGCAUGGGGGUCCUCGCCUGCAUCGCAACAACAGCAGGGAUCUCCAACCCCCACCAGAGAGGUGGGCCCCCUCAGACUGCCGCAGGAGCUUCCCAGGCAGAAUGGUAAACAACAGACCAGGACCUUGGAAACGGCCAGCCCUCCACCAGCGGCGUGAACAACUGCACCAGCACAGUCCACCCCCACAGCACCCCUUAUGCCCUAGAGAUGAGUUUCCAGCCAAGAGGAGAAGAGACUCGGGUCCUGAUCAGUCAUCUCAUCCUGGAUCAAGGCAUUUACCUUUACUUACCCAUGCCCCAUCACCACCUCGCCACCACCGCUGCAACCCAGAUGACUGGAAGCCUCUUAAUGACAGGGCAGGUCCUUGCCACUACUCUGAUCACAGGAGCUCAACAACACAGCAACAAGAAACCUCUAAACUGCGAGCUGGAGGACAUGGCCUCAGUAACCCGGUACCGCUACACCAGAGCUGCGGCAGCAGACCACCACAUCAUGGAAGCAGAGGGAAGAUCGACCGGAAAAUCUCGUCUUCACCAGCAGACCACACCCGUGUGCCUUACAGCCACCAAAACCAUCAUUACCACCACCAACGGCACACAGGCCACUCGAGGGCCCCACAGCACAACACCCUGCUACGCCCUCUGGAGGAAAAGGACUCAAGGACACAUCACCACAAACAAAGCACAGAAACUCAGCGUACUCAUUUAAGGGGAAAUUCAAGAGAUGUAGAUUCUCCUCCCUAUUCAUCCCUCCUCUGUAGUCCAAAAGAUGGAGGCUCGUCUUCCAGCAGUCCAGGUGCUCCUUCCAGUCCCUCUUCAUACGCACCAGUUAGUGGCAGAAAAGAUCCGUUUGUAAUUCAACAGUGUUGUACCAGCCUCAGUGGACAGCAGAAUUUCCAAGAAAGCCCCAGUCACAUCCCAAGGACUAGUUUGUCAUCGACCACAUCUCUUACAUCUCACGCUGGUUCCAAAUCCAGGUUUUCAGAUCCCAAAUACAGAAAGACCUCACAGCUCCUUUCCUCACGACAGUCUCCUCACGGCAGAUCAAGAGCAAACAAGCCUGAGAAAGAGAUAGAAGAACACAAAAAACCCGAGUACAAAUUAAAAGAUAAACCAGUGAAAAAGGAGAGAAAGAGUGAAAUUCUAAAGACCAGUAGAAAGGGCGAGGAAAGAAAAAGGCGCAAGAAAAAGGAGGAAAAAAGGUUGGGCGAGAAGAAAAAGAAAAGAGAUAAAGCAAUUAGGAGGGAAAGAAAAUUAGGCUCAAAAACUAAAGUCACAGAAAAGGAAAUGUUUGCCUCUCUCUGCACUUCCACCUGUCCAGACGAAGUAAUAUUGAGUAAGAUGGAGACUUCAACUUUGACGGUAGAGAAUCAAGGUCUUUCACCCCCCAAGUACAAGCACUGGGAGGGGAGUGAACAAGCAGAGAGGACAUCACACGGGCUGUCCGCAGACAAUCCUCCUCCCAGCUGCACUUCACAACAGCGACCCCUAAAAUCUGGAAAUCACAAAAUGCCCAAAAAGGACAGCUGUCCCCUAAAACUCCCUGUCAAGGAACAACUAGUACCGUCUCCUCCCAAGAACACUAGCCCCAGUCAGACCAGCAAGAAGAGCAACAUUGUCUCAUCCCAAACAGAAAUGGGACCAAAAAGAAAGCCCCAUGACGCACUCCCUUCUCUGUUAUUUGAAGCCUUAGUACCUCUCAGUACAGCAUGUUCUGUAACCUUAGAGCAGUCUGUCCAUGGUAAAGAAGUUGGGCAGGGAGGGAUCCUCAGUGCCCCAGACCUCCAGCCUGUGGCGGUGCUGGGAAAUCUUAGGGAAAUGGGAGACAACCUUGCCAACACUCCCCCUGUCCUCAGCUGGCAGGGUUCUCCUGUAUCAGUUCUGGGAGAGGAUGAAGAGGAGCUAGAAAAGGGAGUGAUAAGUAGACCGGUCCUCCAGCCCAGCCCCACCCAGUGCUUUUCACCUCCUCCUGUAGAAAGUGAAAGCAAUGAGGAUAUGAAUAAGGAGCCUUGUGAGGAUUCACUGGAUGAUUAUUCACAAAGUGGCGCAUCUGAACUCUGUGAUCUGCCUUGUAAAACCGAACAAGUGGCCGAGGAAGAAAAUGAAGAGGAGGUGAAGAGCAGCAAGGAGACCCCUGGCUCUCUUCUUCGUGAGCUUCACCACCACAAAACGGGUUUGGAUGAUGUCUUCAAGAGCUUGGCCUCCUUCCUCGGAGGCCAAAGGGUCACAUGUCGAGGUGGUCCAUUCGGCGGGCCUCCUGCUAGUGCUACAAAAGGCGUGAAGUACUCCUCCUCUCUUGCGCUGGGGCCAGAGAUCCACUGUCAUGAGAAUCAGGAUUUCUCCGCCAAAUCAAAUUCCACACCUUCCUCUGAACCCAGUAGUCAAUCGCCAACUCACACUACCUCAGACACACUUUUUCAAUCACACAGUAAAACAGAUCUGAGUGAGCCAGUCACUGAUGAUCAGGAAAAGCAGCAAAAAAUCGAAAAUAAUAUGAAAGAGAAACAAGAGAGCAAAGAUGCAGAGACCCGACUGGAGAGAACAGAGUCGCCUCUUUUGGAUGGGUCACUGAGUGCAGAGCUGAGACUGACCACAACACAUACAGCCUCUUUCACCAGCCUCAUUACUGUGUCUACCAAGGAGGAGAGAGAACACGGCAAGGAGACAGAACACACAGGUACAGACCGAAAGAGAAAACAAAAGGCUAAGGAUGGAAGAGGAGAAGGAGAGAUCAAGAUUAAGAUAAAGACAGAGGAAAGCAAAGUCCUCUGUUCUAAAAAUAAAGCAACCGAAAUGAAGGACUUGAAAGAGAAGGAUGUUCCAUCCUCAGUGCCGGUCGUCUCCAGAAACUCACCCAGACCUCUCAAAGACAGUAUGAAGGGCCACAUUCCUCAGGAAAAUCAAACCCUACAUGGCAAAGACAUCCAGGGAGAAAAAGUGAACACUGGGAAUGCUAAUGUAAAGACAGCAACAGAGAAGAAGGAAGAGGUUGAUGAGACAUCGUCCGCAGCAGGAAGUGCAGAUACCAACAACUCACAGUCACCAUGUGGUGUAACAAUCAGUACAUCCAAAUUAGGUGCUCCCACACCAGCAAGUAAACCUCCCUCCUCAUUAGCUCCAGUGGACCCCCUGAAACUGAAAGCAUUGUCCAUGGGCCUGUCUAAGGAGCUGAAGAUCAUCUUGAUUAAAAUGCAGAGUGCUGGGAGGCAGACAUUCAACAUAUCAGAAGUGGAAGAGCAAAGAAUCCCACUUUGCAAGAUCAGCAUCAAAAACACGGCCACUGAAGUCAUCAGAGCAUGCAAGGGAACAAGAGUGAAGGGGAAAUUCAAGGAGUCAUUCCUGCUUCCUGCGUUCUCUGUUAAACCCAACAUUGACAUUGAGAUUCCCAUUCCUCGGGAAAAGCUGAACCCUCCCACACCAAGCAUUUACUUAGAGAGUAAGAGGGACGCCUUCUCUCCAGUUCUGCUUCAGUUCUGCACUGAUCCCAAAAAUGCUGUUACGGUCAUCAGAGGCCUUGCUGGCUCGCUCCGCCUUAAUCUUGGUCUGUUCUCCACCAAAUCUCUGGUGGAGGCCAAUUCGGACCAUGCAGUGGAAGUGAGGACUCAGGUUCAGCAGCCUGCUGAUGAGAACUGGGAUUCAAGCGGUUCCACACAGACGUGGCCCUGCGAAAGCAGCCGCUCGCACACCACCAUCGCCAAAUACGCCCAGUACCAGGCCUCCAGCUUCCAGGAGAGUCUACAGGAGGAGAAGGAGAGUGAGAAUGAGGAGGAAGGAGAGCAGACCUCAGACCAAUCAGCGGCCACAAAAGCUGCUCUGAUGUUAGCCAACAUUAAAGGCAGUGCCACUUCAGCAGCCAAUAAAGCCAGUUCUGCUCCCGCCGUCAGCAAAGCCCUCCCUGUUCACAGCACCACCUCACCCAGCUUAGAGCAGAAAACAGCCGGGAAGAUCAUUAAAUUCGGGACCAACAUUGACCUCUCUGACCCUAAAAGGUGGAAGCCCCAGCUGCAGGAACUCCUGAAGCUGCCAGCUUUCAUGCGAGUGGAAUCCAGUAACAACAUGCUCAGUCACGUUGGCCACACCAUCCUGGGCAUGAACACUGUCCAGCUGUACAUGAAGGUGCCAGGCAGCCGCACACCAGGUCAUCAAGAAAACAACAACUUCUGCUCAGUCAACAUCAACAUUGGGCCUGGUGACUGUGAGUGGUUUGCAGUCCAUGAACACUACUGGGAGGCUAUCAACAAGUUCUGUGAGAAGCAUGGAGUAGACUACCUUACAGGGUCCUGGUGGCCAGUCCUGGAAGACCUCUACAGCUCCAACAUCCCUGUGUACCGCUUCAUUCAGAGGCCAGGAGACCUGGUGUGGAUCAAUGCAGGGACUGUACACUGGGUCCAGGCAGUGGGCUGGUGCAACAACAUCGCCUGGAAUGUGGGACCACUCAACUCAUACCAAUAUCAACUGGCUCUGGAGCGCUUCGAGUGGAACGAGGUGAAGAAGGUCAAGUCAAUCGUUCCCAUGAUCCACGUUUCAUGGAAUGUGGCUCGCACCAUCAAGAUCAACGAUCAGGAUACCUUCAAGAUGAUCAAACACUGCCUGAUGCAGUCCAUCAAGCACAUCCAGAUUCUGAGAGACCAGCUGGUGGCUGCGGGGAAGAAAAUCUGUUACCAGAGCCGUGUGAAGGAUGAGCCGGCCUACUACUGCAACGAGUGCGAUGUGGAGGUGUUUGACCUGCUGUUUGUGACCAGUGAGAACGGCAGUAAGAAGACCUACGUGGUGCACUGUGAGGACUGUGCCAGAGCUAAGAGCCCGUCGCUGGCAGGAGUAGUGGUGCUGGAACAGUAUCGAAUAGAGGAGCUGAUGAGAACAUACGACAGUUUUGUGCUGACUUCAUCACCCCUUUCAAAGUGAGGACUCCUCCACAGUGUUUUUCAGCCAUAACCAAAACUCUAAUGGCAGCACAAAUGUUGUCUUCAAGGCAGCCUGUUCCUGCAAACACUUUCUCAGUCAGCCAAUCACGUUUACUCAGUAUUGUUUACAUCACACAAUAAGGUAUGGAUACUCAGCCAAUCCAACUAUAGCUCACUGUCUUCCCCAUACCAGCUGCUGAUUGGACGUGUGUUUUGAAAUAGAAUGACUAGACUGGUACUUCUCAUGAAAAGCAUUUCAGAAUAAAAAAAAAAAAAAGCAAAACAAUGUGAGCACUGCUAGCACUGAAAAUCAGGUUAUAUAUGUUCAACGGACUCUGCUGUGAUUCAAAAGCGUCAAGUAGCCGGUUCUGUGUAAUGAUUCAGGUACUUUUAUGCAAAUUCAGUAGAACUUUUUUACACCAAUCUAGUUAUUCUAUAUGUCCAUGAAUUUGCUGUGAUUCUAUUGUACCAGCAGGGGAAUCGCUUCACAGGAGAAGUAGCUGAUUGUCACAUUUGGCAUUGUAUUGGUUCCUGUUUUUGUUUGGUAUUCAGGUGACAUUUGUAAUUCCUGUCUGUAAACUCUUCGAGGUGCUAUUCCAAUCUUAUUUAUUCUCGUUAGAUACUUAAAAAGUUUUACCAGCCUAGAAGUACACCACAUUGGCCUUGUGAACUGUAUUUAGAGGAGAGGUAAUUAGAGGAAUAAACACACACAAAUGAGGUUUUAUGUAAGUAUUUUAAAAAAAAAUGAAUCAAAAAAGUUUCAGUUUCUCUAAAAUACGGGUUUACUAGAGGACUAAUAUGGUUUCACUCUUAGUUGGAAAUCAAGUGUGUAGAGGGGAAGUGUUUGCUUUUUCACGAGUCCAGCUGACUGGCGGUUGGUGUGGUUUCUAUGAUACACCGAGAAAACAGACAUGGUGUCGUUUUUAUUUUUGGAAGGGGAAAAUAGUCCCAAGUUUUAUACCUCUUUUUGUUGCAAUGUUCCUGUUUCUAGACGACAGAGAAAAUAAAUAAUUGUAAAUUGUGAAUGAAUUUAUGGAAUACACAGUGGUGUGCAUAGAUGGGGUGCAGAGAGAGAAGUUGGAGUCAGCAUUGAUGUUCGUGUCAAUGAAGUGCCCAUGAAGUAAUCUGUCCAAAGAGACACACAAUCACAAUCUUAUAAUGCAAAAAAAACCAGUGAGGCCAAACACGAGCAGACUGCAGGGCACUUCACUGUUUCCAUUUAGCCCCAAACAUCCGCCCUGAUGAGGUUUCAGCUCCAUGCACUGCCACGGGGUUUAAUAUACCGUAUUCACAGUUCGACAUGUUUAACAAGCACAUGAACUGAAAUAUCACAAGAAAGGUCCAGAUGUCAAGAGCCCAUGUUAUGCUUUUGGGGUUUUCCCCUUUCCUUUAUAGCUUCUUUGUUUUUAUAAAAGAUCUGCAAACUGAGAAAGUCGAUGCCAAAGGGAGUUAUUGUCUCCCACAGCAAACUCUGCUUCUUACCUGCAUGAAAAACGCUUCAUUUGGAGUUCAGACUUUUGUUCUGUGGCUGACUUAGUCACCGUGUACCACGUUUGCGUAAUGCUUGCUUGCCUAAUGUCUCCAAAUGUUAGCGGCUCUUAGAGGGCUGCACAGCUUGCAUAGAAUUUGGGGUUACUGUAGUUAAGCAACAGUGCUUUGCUUUUGCCUACCAGAACAGACAGGGAGAGCUAAAAUAGAGCAGAUGACAGACAGCAGAUGAGACAAGGUGCUUCAGUAAUGUACAGUAUGAGAAAAUAAUGUGUUUUUGAACAUUAAGUCAUGUAACAAUGGUCGUUUAAACCCCAAACAUAAAACCACGAACCUGCAAAGGAGCAUAAUAUGGGCUUUUUACCAGUCCAUCAAAAUAUUAUUAUCAUUAUUUUUAUCACAUUAAAUAGUAGUUUUCCUCAUUAUAUCAUAUUUCUGAUUGUCUGUUUGUACUUAUUUAAAAAAAGGCAAAUAUAAAGAUGAAGAUUUUUGUUACAGCUUUGAAGUAGAACCUGAGUGAUACCUGAUGUUUUUUAGACCAGUAGCGAUAUAUUGAUAUUUGACAGUUUAAAAAAUGUCAAAAUGCCAUAUUGGUUGCUCGUGAUUUUUAAAAUAGAAGCAUAACAGACAAUUCUAGCACGGACCGUUUAGAUUUUGUGGUUUGUUUUUGAUGAACUAUAACCACGUUACUAAGCUGGACAUUUUACAGUAUAAAACUCUACACAUCGGUGCUGCCAGACUCUGUAACAGUGCAUUACUUCACAUGUAGUUUGGUAUUUCUGUGCUGUAAGUUACUACAUACAUGAGCUAAGCUUGGUAAGUGUAUCAGUCUAGUUCUACUUCAAAGUACAUUCAGCAGCUCUGAUUCCUACACAGAAUGUCUUUACUACUCACUACACUGGACUGUAUUCACAUGCUGUAGGCCUGUUUCUGAAUUUGAGUGGAGGUUCAGCAUCACUGUAGUAUAAUCUUUGUUAUGAAAUCCCCACAGAUGACAACUUUCAGAACACACCUCUGCACUCAUUAGUCUGUGCACACCAUUUCAUGUACAUAAUGUAUCUGUUUUCAGGUUUACUAGAAGACUUAUGUAGUUUUGUUUUCAAUCAGAAAUCUAAUUUGUAUAUGGUCACAUGUGUCCACCUCAGUCAUUUGUUUUCGUUGUUGCUAUAUUAUAAUACACCUGGGGGGAAAAAAUCCUGUUUCACUCUAGUUUAAAUUACUGCAAGGGGAAUUUCUUCCCACUUUUAUACCUCUUUUUGUUGUCAGUUUCUGUUUUUUGGAUUACAGAGAAAAUGGAAUAUUGUAAAUUGUGACAUUAUUUAUACUGUACAUGGUUGUUUUCUUAUAUAUUUAUUGCAUAUCAAAGGAUACUUCACUUGAUAAGGGGCUACAAGGUAUUUUAAAAAUGUAGUAUGGUCAUAAUGUGUGGAUAGGGGAAGUGCAAUCAGGGGGGCGGUUUAAUUUUCAUGGUGCUAGACCCCUCCUUGCCUCAAUGCCCCCUCAUUAAACAGCAUAUAAUGAUGUAUGAACAUAAGUCAGUGAUACAACUCAAACCAACCAUUUGGUGCUUAGAACCAUUUCAACACAGUUUACUGGUACCAGAAAUGGAAUGAUGUCUUUGUACUGUAUCUAACAGAUAAAUACGAGAUCUUUUUAAACUUUUUUUCCAUUGUAUGAAUUCAUAAUCUUGUGAGGCAUUAGUGGUUUUAUGAUGAGCAUUAGCAGUAGUUGUAAUUCUUGACACUUUUGCAGAGACUUUUAGGGAUGUGACUUUUAAUGGCGUCGAGGUUUUUUGUGUCUUGUCCUCAUUAUUAGUAUUAUUUGGAGGAUGUAACAAUGCUCUUUUUUUUCCCUCUUGUUUGAUUUAUGCUGCACUUAUUGUUUCAAAAAGAACUCGCAUAGAAGAAGACCUGAGCCAGACCUGUCUUAAAUCCCUCUGUGAUUUUUCUGUGACAUAUUGUAUCGUUGUUCAAGAAAAUAAAAUGUUUUGAUAAAUUA